UCUACCUGAAAUCAUGGAGCUAGGAGGGGCCUUCACCAUCUUUCUGGCUCUCUGCUUGUCUUGCCUGUUCAUCCUCAUCGCCUGGAAACGGACCCAGAAAGGGGGAAAGCUGCCCCCUGGUCCCACCCCGAUACCAUUCCUGGGGAACCUGCUGCAAGUCAGUACCGAAGCCACCUUCCAGUCCUUCAUGAAGCUCCAGGAGAAAUAUGGCCCAGUCUUCACAGUGUAUAUGGGACCCCGGCCAGUCGUUAUAUUGUGUGGACAUGAAGCAGUGAAGGAGGCCCUGGUAGACCGAGCAGAUGACUUCAGUGGCCGUGGAGAACUGGCUUCAAUAGAUAGAAACUUCCUAGGUUACGGUGUAGUUAUGGCUAAUGGGGACCGGUGGCGGAUUCUCCGACGCUUCUCCCUGACUAUUCUCCGGGACUUUGGCAUGGGAAAGCGGAGCAUUGAGGAGCGGAUCCAGGAGGAGGCUGGCUUCCUGCUAGAGGCUUUACGGAACACCAAGGGUGCCCCCAUCGAACCCACCUUCUUCCUGAGCCGCACUGUCUCCAACGUCAUCAGUUCCGUGGUCUUUGGAAGUCGCUUCGACUAUGAGGACCAGCAGUUCCUGAAGCUGCUGCGGAUGAUCAAUGAGAGUUUCAUUGAGAUGAGCACAUCCUGGGCACAGCUCUACGACAUGUACUCUGGCAUCAUGCAGUAUUUGCCAGGAAGACACAACCGCAUCUACUAUCUGAUAGAGGAACUCAAGGACUUCAUCGCUUCCAGGGUCAAGGUCAAUGAAGCAUCCCUUGACCCCCAGAACCCUCGGGACUUCAUUGAUUGUUUCCUGGUGAAGAUGCACCAGGACAAAAAUAAUCCCCAGACAGAAUUCAACCUCAGGAAUCUAGUGCUCACCACUCUCAACCUCUUCUUUGCUGGCACAGAGACUGUGAGCUCCACACUACGCUACGGGAUGCUGCUGCUGAUGAAGUAUCCAGAGGUGGAAGCCAAGAUCCAUGAAGAGAUUAACCAGGUGAUUGGACCGCACCGGAUCCCAAGUGUGGACGACCGGGUCAAGAUGCCUUACACGGAUGCUGUGAUCCACGAGAUCCAGAGACUGACAGAUAUUGUGCCCAUGGGCGUCCCCCAUAAUGUCAUCCGGGAUACUGAAUUCCGAGGCUACCUUCUGCCCAAGGGCACUGACGUGUUUCCUCUACUUGGCUCAGUCCUUAAAGACCCCAAAUACUUCCGCUACCCAGAUGCCUUCUAUCCACAACACUUCCUGGAUGAGCAGGGCCGCUUCAAGAAGAAUGAAGCCUUUGUGCCUUUUUCCUCUGGAAAGCGCGUCUGCCUGGGAGAGGCCAUGGCCCGCAUGGAACUCUUCCUCUACUUCACCUCCAUCCUUCAGAACUUCUCCCUGCGCUCGCUGGUGCCGCCUGCUGACAUUGACAUCACGCCCAGGGUCUCAGGCUUUGGCAACAUCCCCCCCACCUAUGAGCUCUGCCUCAUGGCCCGCUGAGCGCCCCCUACUGGGCGUGGGAGGA